AUGUCAGGAUCAAACCGGUUGAAGCUGACGGUCCUGUCAGAAGACAGACUGCAGAUGAAGUGGAAAGAGACGGAAGGGAACACCAACGGGUACAAAGUCCGUGUGAAGCCUAUGGCAGGCGAUUCCGAACAGGAGGUCAUGCUCAAAACCAAGAGUGCGAAAGCGACGGUGGGAGGGUUGAGCCCCACCAAAGAGUACACUCUGCAGAUCUACAUCCUGAAUGGCUCUCAAGAGGCCCUCUUUGUCAAGAGGCGAUUUGUGAUUGAAGAGCUAAAAAACUUCUCCCAAGUUAGAAGUAACAGAAAGAACCCGACGAGUGCCCCUGAGAAGGCAGAGACGUUCCUGGGGACCACAGCUGCUGAUGAAACUCUGAUAAUUCCAAACUUCCAGUGCGACUCCUCUGCGACGACCGAUAUCAUCCUUCUGGUGGACGGCUCCUGGAGCAUCGGCCGCAACAAUUUCAGGCUCAUCCGAGAAUUCCUGGCUGCGCUGGUGGCGCCGUUCAACGUUGCUGAGGACAAGAUCAGAGUCGGCUUAUCCCAAUACAGCAGUGAUCCGCGCACUGAAUGGGACCUGAAAACGUACACCACCCGGGAAGAGGUGUUAGGUGCAUUGAGGAGCUUGCAGUACAAAGGAGGAAACACUUUCACAGGACUCGCAUUGACCCACGUCUUGGAACAGAACCUGAAGCCCGAAGCUGGAGCUCGGUCCGAGGCUCCCAAACUGAUCAUCCUCUUGACCGACGGCAAAUCGCAGGACGACGCCGGCCCCUCUGCACAAACCUUGAAGAAUAUGGGAAUUGAGAUCUUUGCCGUUGGAGUGAAAAACGCCGACGAGGCAGAAUUGCGCCAGGUGGCCUCUGAGCCUUUGGAGCUGACGGUGUACAACGUCCUGGACUUCCCACUGCUCAGUUCUCUGGUUGGCCGGCUGACACGAGUCUUGUGUGCAUGGAUUAAGGAGAAGAACAAGGAGGAGAACACAGGCGAUCCAGUCAAAACUGCUCCGGUGAAUGGCGGUGCCCAUCUGAGCCCAUCCAACCUGGUGGUAAAAGAGGUGACUGCCGGAAGCAUGCACCUCAUCUGGAAGCCUCCACUGGUACCACCCAAGAAGUACAGGGUGGUCUACUACCCAUCCAGGGGUGGGAUCCCCAAAGAGGUGGUUCUAGAUGGCUCUGCUUCCUCCGCGCAGCUCUUCAACCUCACAUCCCACACCGAAUAUCUGGUUUCGGUAUUUCCCAUUUAUGAGAAUGCGGUCGGAGAUGGACUCCGAGGUAUCACCUCAACCUUGCCUCUGUCUGCUCCCCGUUCCCUCCGAGCAUCGGAAAUCAGCCACAACAGCAUAAAACUGACCUGGCAGCCAGCAGAUGGCGCUACACAGUAUCUGGUCCUUUGUUCUUCAGCACCCAACGGAGCAAAUGACCACACUAAAGAGGUGAAAGUCAUGAAGACUGAAGUUCUGAUUGGGGGCUUGUCCCCCAGCACUGAAUACUCGCUGGCUGUGUAUGCGAUGUACGGAGAAGAUGCUAGUGACCCUGCAAGCAUCCAGGAAACCACACUGGCCCUGAGCCCUCCGCCCCGCCUGAGUUUCUCAGACGUCAGCCAUGGUUCAGUCCGGGUCAACUGGGAGGCGACGUUGCGAGCGGUGAAGACUCACCGGGUGACAUAUAUGUCCAGCAGGGGGAGCAACACCGGGGAGUUGGAGGUUCCCGGCAACGUUUCGUCCGCUGUGCUGAAGCCUCUGUCGUCGCUGACAAAAUAUUUUGUCAGCGUGACUUCCAUUUACGACGAAGGUGAAUCCUUUCCAGUUACGGGCAACGUUACGACAUUAAAGGUGCCGCCACCGAGCCACCUGAAAGCCACGGAGCUCUCGGGAAGCGAGAUCCGGCUGGAGUGGGAAGCGAUCGCGGCGUCGGACGUGGUUGUCUACCAGAUCAAAUGGAACAUGCUCGGUGAAGGGCGGUCGCAGGAGCUCUCUGUUGCUGGAAACUUGGCCGCCACUGUUCUGCCUGGCCUGAAAAAGAACACCGAAUACCAGAUAUCGAUUUGGGCGUAUUACAAGGACGGGGCUCGGAGUGAUACAGUCUCUAUUCGGCACAAGAUCACCACCAAGAAUCCGCCUGCAAAUCUUUUUGUGGAUUCGGAGACUCCCAACAGCCUGCAAGUCCACUGGAGUCCUCCAGAGGGUGCUGUGCAACACUACAGACUCACCUACACCCCCGAACUGGGCCAGAAGCACCAGGAGAUGAUAAUGCUGUCGGGUAAAAGCCGGACCAUCACACUUCACUCACUCCUUCCUGGUACAGUGUACACAGUGACAGUUUCUGCAGUCUAUGCCACAGGAGAGAGUGAUCCCAUCUCUACAACUGGCCAGACAGCCUCAGCCUUGGCCAGGUUGCCCACUUCAAGAGGAUCGGCCCCAUUCAGAACUGACGACUGCCCUCCCCUCGACUCCUCUGAAGGCGCCCUACAAGGGUUUGACCUGAUGGAGGCAUUUGGACUCCAGGAAAAAGAGUAUGCCUCCAUUAAAGGGGUGGCUAUGGAGCCGUACAUCUUCCUCGGAACUCACACUUAUACGCUCUACAGAGACAUCCAGCUGACCCGUCAAACAAGUGAAGUGUUUCCUUCUGGGAUCCCAAGCGAAUACACCAUCACUUUCCUGCUCCGACUUCUGCCAGAGAGCCCCAGGGAAUCCUUUGCCGUGUGGCAGGUGACGGAUGAAGACUUCCAGCCGCUUCUUGGCAUUGUACUUGACCCCAACAAGAAAUCCUUGACCUACUUCAGGCGUGACUCCGAUGCUGAUGUAGAAGAAGCCGCCUUUGACCAACCGGAUGUGAAGAAGGUUUUCCACGGGAGCUUCCAUAAGGUGCACGUAUCCGUGAGCCGUUCCAGGGUCAAGCUGUAUAUCGACUGCAAGAAAACAGCCGAGAAGCCACUCGGAGCAUCGGAGAAAGUCUUGACCACGGGCUUUGUCAUGCUGGGGAAGCUGACGAGGACACGAGGACCGCGGAGUGGAUCGGCAGCG